CCGCGCCAGGAAACAGCAGUGAGUCGGAGGAAGACCACAGCGCCGGGAGCAUGCAGGGCCAGGCCUUCCCCAGCACGCACCGGGGGCCUGACGCCAAGCUCCAGCCCCUGCACACCAAGAUGGAGAUCAUCAAGAAAGGGCACGCCAAGGACAGCCAGCGCUACAAGGUGGACUACGAGUCCCAGAGCACGGACACCCAGAACUUCUCCUCCGAGUCCAAGCGGGAGACGGAAUACGGGCCGUGUCGCCGGGAGGUGGAGGACACCCUGAACCGACUCAAGUUCUUGGACAUGCUUAGCCCUAGGGGCAUCCACAUCCCCAACUGUGACAGGAAGGGCUUUUACAAGAAGAAGCAGUGCCGCCCCUCCAAGGGCAGGAAACGGGGCUUCUGCUGGUGCGUGGACAAGUACGGGCAGCCGCUGCCCGGCUUCGACGCCAGGGGGAAAGGUGACAUUCACUGCUACAGCAUGGACAGCAAGUAGACGUCCUCGCCACUUAUUAUGGAGCGGAGCUCAGAAACGCCUUAUUUUGCACAAAAGACUGCCAAGGACAUGAUCAGCAUCUGGCUACAGCCUCCGUUUAUAUUUCUUUUUGUGGUGAAUUGAUUUUUCUUUUAACCGAAAUUUAAAAAGAGUUGUUCGUAGCGUCUAGGAUUCUUCUAGAUGGUGAACCGCAGCGUCUUCCCCUUCGCAGGAGUCAGUGAGACGCGGCUUGGUUUUUCUUCUUGCUUCCUCCAAGCAUACACAUAAACUCCAGCACCGCGUGGCCGGACCUCCCGCGGCCCGAGCACCCCUGCGGGUGCGCCCACGCAGCCCCCCCUCCACUUCCAGACCCAGCGAGGGUUGCCUCUGUGCAGUGCACGCCUCAUCCCCACCCGGUCAAUGAGCACAGGCCUCGGCGAGAAUGGGGAGCCCCGCACCCUGGUGUCUGGACGUCCCGGCCCACCUGCCAGGGGCUUACAUCUGAGAGGCAAGGGCCCGCCUCCGC